AUGAGGGUUACUCGUUUUUUAUCCAGUGCAUCAUCCACUUUUGGCCUUGUGGGUAAUCAAAUUUUGGAAAAUCGUAACUUACCUCCACUCAGCGAGGUAUUCAGUCGUCUCCGACAGUCAUCGUCUAUUUCUACACCGACUUCUGGUCGUUCUGCUUUGUCUUCCGCUAUUUCUGACAGCUCUGCUUUGUCUGUCAGCCAUGGUCGCGGUCGCAGUCGUGAUUCUGGAUUUAGUAGUCGUGGCCGCGAUUAUGGGGUGAGUGGUCGUGGCUUUGGCGGCCGUGAUUCUGAGUUUGGAGGUCGUGGUCGUGAUUCUGGAGGCCGUAGUUUUGGUCGUGGUCGUGGCUUUGGUGGCCGUGACUCUGGUUUUGAUAAUCGUGGGGGUCGUAUAUCAGGGGGAGGUGGCCGCAGUCGCGGCCGCUACUAUCUCUCAGGAUACUGA